AUGGCCAACCAAACCCCCGCCGUUGUCAUGGACAACGGUACCGGAUUCUCAAAAUUGGGUUUCGCUGGCAAUGACUCUCCCUCUUUCGUCUUCCCGACCGCGAUCGCCACGAAAGGAGCUGCCGGAACGGGGGCACUGGCUCCGGUCGACCAGCUCGGUUGCGGCGUCCGGGGUCCAGGAUACGGCCUACACUACCCGAUCCGUCACGGCCAGAUCGAGAACUGGGAUCACAUGGAAAGGUUCUGGUCCAACUCCAUCUUUAAAUAUCUUCGAGUCGAGCCUGAAGAGCACUUCUUCCUUCUGACCGAGCCUCCACUGAACCCGCCUGAAAACCGAGAAAAUACUGCCGAAAUCUUUUUCGAGUCUUUCAACUGUGCGGGUCUAUAUAUUGCUGUACAGGCCGUUCUUGCCCUAGCGGCUUCCUGGACCUCGUCCAAGGUCCACGACCGGUCCCUCACGGGAACCGUCAUCGAUUCGGGUGAUGGUGUGACCCAUGUCAUCCCCGUCGCGGAAGGAUACGUCAUUGGGUCCUCGAUCAAGUCGAUCCCUAUUGCUGGACGAGACAUCACCUACUUCGUGCAGUCACUUCUUCGAGACCGCGGGGAGCCAGACUCCUCGCUUAGGACAGCACAGGAGAUCAAAGAGGAAUACUGCUACGUGUGCCCCGAUAUCGUCAAGGAGUUCUCCCGGUAUGACCGAGACAGGAGUCGAUUUAUCAAGCACGUUGUUUCCCAGCCCGGCGGCCGACAAGUCUCUGUGGAUGUGGGCUACGAGCGAUUCAUGGCGCCUGAAAUCUUCUUCAAUCCCGAAAUCUACAGCUCUGAUUUCCUCACGCCUCUGCCUGUCGUUGUUGACGGCAACAUCGUGCUUUCUGGCGGUAGCACUCUCUACAAGGAUUUCGGUCGUAGGUUACAGAGGGACAUCAAGCACCUCGUAGACGCGCGCAUCCGGGCUAGUGAGGUUCGUAGCGGCGGUGCCAAGAGUGGCGGCCUGGAGGUUCAGGUCAUCACGCACAAGAGGCAGAGGCAUGGCCCAUGGUUCGGUGGUAGCUUGUUGGGCCAGACGCCGGAGUUCAGGUCGUAUUGCCACACAAAGGCCGAGCCAUCCGGGGAGCUGCAGCUCCGAGUCACAUUGACGGUUUUUAUCGCCGCCCGGAAUCCUUGGUCGUUCGUUCGAGAUCGCCAGAUGCACCCUGCAGCUGAAAUCCAGGCGUCAGGCCAGCAAAUCAUCAUUCAAGCUCACUAG